AUGGUGAUGGUGAUGGAAAGGGAGGGGAAAGAAGAAGAGAAAACGACAUGGGACAAAAAUAGAUGCGUGGCGCUAUUCCGUGCUGGAAAAGGCUUUCAAGGUGGUCCACUAGUUCGUACCAUCUGUGAUUCCAUGCAGGAUGCGCAUACAGUGUGCUGCCGGUUGAUGGUGGAAAAAGCAGGGAAGAAAGGUUUUGGGUUGAGAUGA